CAGCUACAUCACCGUCGAGAGAGCGAAUUGUCUUCUCCAGGGCUGAGUACACCAUCAGAACAUGCGAGAGCAAGUCAUCUAAGCGCUUAAGAAACCCAUCAGUGCUCUCCAGCAUCAGUUGAAAAAGGCAUUCAAUUGGAGCUACCAGCCCUGUCCAAAAAUUUCACCUCAGUCAGGACACCUUGUUCCCCAAGUCUCAAGUCACCAUGAUGCAAAUCACCAGCGACCCUUGCAACAAGCACUCCCUCCUCAACGUGAUGAACCGUUUCAUGGCCGCGGCCAACAACAUGGAUGAAACCAUCAUGGUGCCAAGCCUGCUCAGAGACGUGCCGUUGGAGGAGCAAGAGGGCCAAGGAGAAAUGGUCAACCACAACAACAACAUCGAGCCGCUGCCCAGCAAACAGAGGGAUAUGUACGAGCACUAUCUCCUGCUCAAAUCCAUCAGGAACGACAUGGAGUGGGGCUUGCUGAAACGGGAGCUGAACAGCGGUGCCAGCUUCCUGGAAAUGGCAGUAAAACAGGAGGGUCAGCAGCAGCACCAACAUCACGAGAAGAACGGCGUGGCGGACGACGACGGUGCCGAUCUUGAGGGCCAGUUCCACUACCAUCUCAGGGGACUGUUUGGAGUCUUGGCCAAGCUUACAGUGCAGGCCGACCACCUCACAAAUCGUUACAAGAGGGAAAUUGGUGGCGGUAACUUCAUGAGAUAAAGAAUGGACGUUACUCAUUGGAACACUGCUCCUCGGAGCGUUUUUAAGUGGCGUGGGUUGAAGCCAUUUGUACCACCAUGGGGUUUUUGUUUUCCAGAAGCCUCUCCCGUUUCAAUUGGCCAGAGAUGAUCAGGGCGACUGCCCGGUGACUUCCAUCUUGUACUGCUGUGUAGCAGUGGCUCAGUUGCUUCUGUGCUCUCAUUCAGCCGCACUGCCAACAGAGUGACAGAAAGGAAAAAAACUUAACCCAUUCUAAGUCUAGCCCUCCUCAUAUAGUUUACUCUGUAAGGGUCAUAUGAGUGGUAUGAAAAUAAAAAGGCACUGUUUCAAGAUGAGGAAAGGCCUAUGUCCCCUUUUAUUUUUUUAAUUUUAGCUGUACAACUCUGUGCCAUCAAGAGCCCAAGUUAACUUGCUGUGCGUUCAGCACCCUGUGUAGAGCACUCAGGAUUUUAAAUGUUCACCCCACGUUCUGGUUUGAGAAGCUGUUAAAACAGGCCACUUAGAGGGUUUUGGGUGGGGUGGGAAGGGUUAAGUGUCCCACCUUCAGCUUCUGACUUCGGAGAAAAGUGAUUGCUGGCAAUUCUGUACCUCCUCCUGUAUUCAUUCGGCUUGUUGGUAGCCCCUUGGUGCGUGAUUUUACUCUGAAACACUCCUGGUUCUUGUCAAUGUGCCUUGAGUAUCUCGUGUCCCAGUCUUCAUUGAGCUGUGUAAAUGUUUUACAGGUGACCUUGAUGUAUCAUUUUAUGCAGAUACUCUCCAUGACAUGGUCUUGUAAGAACCACUAAUUUUUUAUGUUCUCUUUUUUGUCCUAAAAUAUUUCAAAAGAUUUUAUAUUGAACUGUAACACCAGUACAAUGGUUUAAUAAAGAAUAAAAAAACAC